CGCGGUCUCGCUAUGGCGGCCCCGGCGGCGGGCUCCGGGUCGCGGCUGGACCCGGUGGAGACGCUGCAGGAGGAGGCGAUCUGCGCCAUCUGCCUGGACUACUUCGUGGAGCCGGUGUCCAUCGGGUGCGGGCACAACUUCUGCCGCCGCUGCAUCGCGCAGCUCUGGGCCGGAGGGGACGCGGAGGCCCCGGCCCCGCAGGAGGAGGAGGAGGAGGAGCUGGAGGAGGAAGAGCUCGAUGUGGAGCAGGAGGAGGAGGAGGAGGAGGAGGAUGGCGCCGAGGAGGAGGAGGAAGAGGAGAUGUGGAGCGAGGAGGAGGAGGAGGACCCCGAGCUAUGGGGGGACCCCGCGGAGGAGGAGGAGGGGAUGUGGGGCGGGGGGGCCCGGGGGGAGCUGUACUUCGGGGAGGAAGAGUACGACGAGGAUGUGAUGGAGGAGGACGUGGAGGAGGAGGAGGAAGAGGAGGAGGAGGAGGAAGAGCCGGCAACGACGCCCCUUGGGGCCGCGCAGCCCCAGCGGCUGCAGACCUUCACGUGCCCCCAGUGCAGGAAAACCUUCUUCCAGCGCAGCUUCAGGCCCAACCUGCAGCUGGCCAACAUGGUGCAGAUCAUCCGGCAGCUGCACCCGCACCCGCAGCGCCUGCUGCCCCCCAGCCCCGCCGCUGCCCUGGGGGGCCCGCCCGACCGCUGCGAGCGGCACCAGGAGCCGCUGAAGCUGUUCUGUGAGGUGGACGAGGAAGCCAUCUGCGUGGUGUGCAGGGAGUCCCGCAGCCACAAGCACCACAGCGUGGUGCCGCUCGAGGAGGUGGUACAGGAUUAUAAGAACAAGCUCCAGAGCCACCUGGAGCCACUGAAGAAGAAGCUGGAGCUGGUGCUGAAGCAAAAAUCCAACGAAGAGGAGAAGAUCACGGAGCUGAGGGACAAGAUGAAGCUGGAGAUCAAGGAGCUGGAGUCAGACUUCGAGCUGCUGCACCAGUUCCUGGUCGGGGAGCAGGUGCUGCUGCUGCACCAGCUGGAGGAGCGCUACGAGAGCCUCAUGGGCCGGCAGAGCAGCAACGUGCGGCUGCUGCAGGAGCAGAGCGCGGCGCUGCGCCGCCUCUUGGCCGAGGCCGAGGACAAGAGCCGGCAGGACGGGCUGCAGCUGCUCCAGGACAUCAAAGGCACUUUCAUCAGAUGUGAGAACAUGAAAUUCCAGGAGCCCGAGAUGGUGCCUGUGGACGUGGGGAAGAAAUACCGUAACUACUUCCUGCAGGACGUGGUGAUGAGGAAGAUGGAGAAGGUCUUCUACAAAGUCCCUCAAGCGGAGGUGACGCUGGACCCGGACACGGCCCACCCGCGGCUCAGCCUGUCCCUGGACCGCCGCAGCGUGCGCUUGGGCGAGCGGCGCCAGGACCUUCCCGACAAUCCCAAGCGCUUCGACUGGGAAUUCUGCGUGCUGGGAGCACAGGGCUUCAGCGCCGGGCGCCACUACUGGGAAGUGGAAGUGGGAGGCAGGCGGGGCUGGGCGGUGGGAGCUGCCCGGGAGACGACGCGGCGCAAGGAGAAGCCGAUGGGAGCGCAGCAGAAGAGGGAGAUCUGGUGCGUGGGCACCAAUGGGAAGCGUUUCCAGGCGCUGACGGCCACGGAGCAAACAUUCCUGACGCCGGGAGAGCGGCCCCGGCGCUUCGUGGUCUACCUGGACUAUGAAAGGGGUCAGCUCUGCUUCUACAAUGCUGAGAACAUGAGCCACAUCCACACCUUCAACGCCUCCUUCCGCGAGCGCAUCUUCCCCUUCUUCCGCAUCCUGGCCAAGGGCACCCGCAUCAAGAUCUGUGCCUGAUCCUGCGCUUUUCCUGCCCUUGGGAUCUGGUGCUGCUUUUCCUGCCCCUUGGAUCUCAGUUUGGGAUCCAGCGCUGCUUUUCCUGCCCCUCAGAUCCCAGUUUGGGAUCCAAUGCUUCUUUUCCUGCCCCUUGGAUUCCAUCUGGAUCCUACUUUUGGAUCUGGUGCUGCUUUUCCUGCCA